UGUCUUUUUCUUUAUAGUGAUGAUAUAAACGAGCUAAAUUUUUAACUAAUAAUAUAAAUAAAUUUUUUCUAAAAGUUUAAUAAUAUAUUUGAGCCUUUUCCUUAAUAAAUAUCUAUGUAGAUUGUGGGUUUUGUUUAUCGCGAUCAAUAAAGUUUCAUUUAGUUAUCUUGUCUAUUCAAGAACAUUUCAAAGUUGCUAAUCUGAGUCACCAUUUCUGCUUCCAAGUAGUCCACCACGUUUGCACGGAGUCACCAUGUGUCAUUCCUCGAGCAUCUCUAACACGAAAACUACUUUCUAGUAGAAAAUAGUCGAAAUAUAUGUCACCCUUUAGCAUGAUGAAAUGAACUGUAAAUAAAGCAUACACACAUAUCGACAAGAAAAAAAAUGAGCCAAGAUCAACCUCAAAGGCCUGAAAGAGAGCAGCCCCUAAAAUACGGAGACUGUUUUAAUGUAAAAGGUGAGUUAGCUGAUCAACCAAUUGCACCACAAGAUGCAGCCGUGAUGCAAACUGCUGAAGCCAUGGUAUUUGGGAAAACCCAAAAGGGUGGUCCUGCCUCUGUUAUGCAGGCUGCUGCAGCCAAAAACGAAAGAAGUGGACAUGUUAGUCAUGACGCUACCACUCAACUUGCUGGUGAUGAAGGCAUUACUGUUGCUGAAACCAAACUCCCCGGUAGACGUAUAAUUACCGAAUCAGUUGCUGGACAGGUAUUGGGGCAAUAUGUUGAGCCUCUUCCAGUAACAGCAGCAGCAGCAACAGGAGGAAAUGUGGAGGAAGCACCUAUAACAAUAGGAGAAGCUCUGGCGGCAACAGCCCUUACAGCAGGGGAGAAACCGGUGGAACAGAGCGAUGCAGCCGCUAUACAAGCGGCUGAAGCUAGAGCCACCGGUUCUAGUGUCGUGACCCCUGGUGGAUUAGCUGCCACAGCUCAAUCAGCAGCAUCAGCUAAUGAAGGAUUGGCUCAAGAUGUUGAUAAAAUCAAAUUAAACGAUGUCUUAACUGGCGCGGCUGCAAAAUUACCGGCUGAUAAAGCAGCGACAAGGCAAGAUGCGCAAGGGGUGAUGGAGGCGGAGCUACGGAAUAACCCAAGCCUAACAGCUUAUCCUGGUGGAGUAGCUGCAUCUGUGGCUGCAGCUGCAAGACUAAAUGAAAAAAGUUCAUAAUUAAGCUUGGCUUACAAUGUGUAUAAUAUUUUCUUCGUUAAUUAGCUUUUUCCUUUUCUUGUUCUGGUACUUUGUAAUUAGUUGUUAAAAGUCCCAUACUUUGUAAAUUAGAUAAGGUUAGCUGCUGCAUCAUGUAAAUAAAUAAUAUAAUGCUCAAUCCGAAAAUAAUAUUUUACUAAA